AUGCCGGGUGUACCCUCGCCGGCUGGCGUGGAGCCACCCCCAUCAUCGCUGCCCAAGACAGGCUCAGCCGCAGAUGCUGCCAGAUACAUGGAUCUCUAUCUCGGGGAUAAAGUGCGCCUCAGCCUUGAGAAGUGCCUCCACAACAAGCCACGGGACCCAAUUCGAUUUUUAGCGCAGUCCUUGCGACACCUGAGCGAGCAGGAUGUCGCUAGCGAUGAUGCCCCUGUGGCUGCUGAGGUGCAAGGGGAGCACACGCAAGACACACCCUCGAGGCGCCUUCACUGUGUGGCCCCGCCUUCAGUCCGCCUGGAGAACGGCGUGAGGUACGAAUUGCAUCCACUGGCACACGAUUUCUGCCGCGCCGAAGGCACGCUGCCGGCGGCAAAAACCACAGCGCCGGCGUCUGUUUUUCCAGUAGUGCUGUAUCGAGAAGCAAUUUCAUCUUAUGAGGUUGUCUCUGCUCUACGGCAGCUUCAUAUGAUUGAUCCAACGGCGCCACUUGUGCUCUUCGUCGAGUGCCCUACUCCGACUUCUGCUGCGUUCUUCUACGAGGGCGUGGCGUACCGCUGCGCGUGCGCUACUAGCAGGUCUGCUGCCCAGGCGAUGCCACCAUGCCUCACAGCAUUGCAGGGAGCUCUGGGAGCUGGGAAAGUAAGUGACUUUUACACGACGAUUCGCGCGGCGGCCGCUGAGGCGGUGGCUACGGUGCAAGUUAACUUUAUUCCUUCGCUUCAAGUGGACUACCUGGUCAACUUUGAUACGCUUGAUGACGCCCUGCAGAAGGCGAUGCAGACUAUAGACACCACCCCAGCACAAUGCCCCACCCAUUCGCCUCGCUGGACCCUACCAGCCGUUCUCCUUGUAUCCUACAAACCGGACACAGCGCGCCUGACCUACGCACGACUGCUCGCCAGCUACGGCCCUCUCUAUGAAGCGGCGCAGCGAGCAUCCCUGCAGGCCUUUCGCACCGCCCAGCUGGAGCGGAAACGGACCUACACAUAUGCGUUCGUGAUGGAGUACUGGGCGAAGGUCCAGGAGCGGCGCCAAAUUUACGCCGGCGCAGCACGCCCAAUAAACUCAUCAGUGAAGGUAGCUUCCUCCAUCGAGACCAAGACCCAGGCUGACGAAGACACCGUGUCUACCUCUCCCGCCGAAAGUGCGGCGCCAAGCAGCGCUACGGAGAAACCUACUGCUGCUACGCUGGUAGCUGCUGUCCCCGCUUCGGGGGGUGAUAAGCGUAUGCCUGCAAAAUUUGCCAAACGUGGUUUGUUGAACUACGAUGCAGCGCACCAAGCAGAGGAUGACGUGUUCCUUGUUGUUAUUCGCCGCCUCGAGCACGCGGCGGCAACGCUCAUUCAGUCCGUUUAUCGUGGCUACCGCGCGCGCCGCGGCUACCAAGAGGCUCACGACGCGCUUCAUAGUUCCGCUAGUACAUCCAUCAGCAACCCACCUCUACAGAAGAGCUUGAAAGAUGCUACGCCGGCACAUUGGCCUGAAGGACCCAUCCUUCCUCCUCUCUUGCGCGCCUGCCUCGAGCGUCUUGUCCGCGAGGGCGACACCUUCGGCUCUCUUUGGGGUAAUUAUGUCACUUCUCUUCCUCCGGAAAGCCGCCGCUGCUGGAUCUACCGUCCAGUGCAACGCCACGAAAGCCGUGACGACACGGAGAAGUCAGGCGCUAUCACCGACAUCGGAGGGUACGUGAGGGAAGGCUGGGUGCAGGAGGAGUUGCUACUCCCACCCUGGAGGGCGACGCAGCCGCGAUUGCACUUAAAUUUGUUUCAGCGCUUGAUAGACUAUCUCGCCCUCGCGCAAUGCACUUCGCUUCACGGAAGCGUGCAGCUUCUCUUGGACAGCCCUGGCAUGUCAGUGCUGCAGCGUCGAGCCUAUGACGGAAUCAAGUCUGUGUGCCUCAAUCUUUUUCACGUGGCUUACGCAGAGCUGCGACAGCGUCAGCCGAGCGGGUUGCAGAGGUCAUUCUCUGCCUACAUGCGUCAGUCCCACGCCAGUGUGCUCGGGUGGCUCUCCACCCCACACAUGUGCUCCCUGCUCGUUCGGGCGAUGCAGACUACAUCAGCCAAUACAGUCCAGGAGACGUGGCAACACGGCACCCGUAGCCGACAAAGGACCGGAAACCCCAACGCAACAGAGCGCUCGAUGAGCCUUGUUGUGCAAAGCCAGCUCGCUGCCAACGAGUGUGUAUUGAUUGUGCCAUGCUCUCUGUCAGCAAACAAGAUUGCCGCGCCUGCGGGAACGUUAGCAGCCUCGACAGUGUGGAAGGUUGCACCUCACCUUUACAUUUCACCGGAACCGCUACUCGCUCGCAACGAGUGGGUACAGGUGGUGACAAUGAUGCUGGAAAGCGUGGGUAACCGUGGAGCUGACGCACCCACACCCUCUGUUGAGUGGAUGACCAUAGCUAGUUUUCCGCUUUGCUGCGUUGAUGGUACACCGGUGGCUGCGGUACCGCGCUUCGAUACGCAGUGUGUCGAAGGUGUUCCGGCUUAUGACUUAUUUGUACCUCGUCUUGCUGCUGGCUCACAACAGCUGACUGGUGCACACGCCACAGAAGAUGCCCCGGCCGGUGGCAGCAUGACAUCGUCCGCACUGGCUGUGCAGGUCGCCUCAGUGGUGCAGGAGUGGAUGCGGGGUGACCUCGCUCGCGCUGCAGACGUCGGCCUGAAACACCACAUUUGCGAAAGCCUCUCCAGCAAGAGUAACAUGGUGUACUACACGGCACGCACGCGGAAGGCCGGCGUGGUCGAUGGUGCCUUCACAACCGUGUUGCCGUCAGCCACCCUGUUAAGGGAGGUGUUGCAGGCACCCCACCGGGGCGGCGCGGCCGAUCAGUGCGAGAAGACUGGUAAGGAGGGCAGCGGGAGUUUGUCUGCAACCGUCACGCCGCAGUGCUUUUCUGUUCAAAGCCCUGAGCACCUGGAGGCGGUGGGACACGAAAGUGUGUCAGCAACGUGGUGUGGCGGGUCGCGCACCUCAUCCAUUGUCACCUUACCAAGGACCAGUGACGGCACAGUGGGCUGGGGCCGCAUCAUGCCGUCACCCGCGUUGCCGACCACUAGGCCCAUGGCGCACUCUUUAGCUGUCCCGGCGAACGUCCAGUUGAAGGCAGCUGAGGAGCUUGAGGAAUGCGCCCUUCAAGUUCUCACAGCAGACGAUGUUGCCAAGGAGGUGAGUGCCGCACUCCCAGAGAUUUCAUUCCGGCACACGCGCAUCUCCAUGCGCUUCUUUGGCGGCCCCACAGUCCUCAAACGACUCGAUGCAUUUCUCGACCGCGUUGCCGAGACUCUGCAGCGAGAGACCCACGCGCCCUCCCUGGUGCUGGCUGUGGAUUUGCCGUCGCAGGGCUUCUACGCGCUUGCCGCCGCGCUCCUUGUGUUCCGGCUGCACGACACGCGCGACAUAUCCACCUGGUCGAAAAGCAAGGCAACCACAGCACCCGCCGUCUCCCCUGUCGCACAGCACGGCGGCGUGGCGAAUGACGCGCGUGUGUCGUUUCUUUCAACCUUUCAUGAGGUACUAGAGGCGGCGCUGCUCACCCCUUCUGCCUCACGAGCGGCGGUGCAGUGCACGCCGGUACAAGUUGCUAUACAGCACGUUUCACAACUCAUGAGCUGUGCGCCGCUCCCACAGCUAAACCUGAUUGCGAGCCUGUGCUUGGCUAUAGAGGAGGCGGAAGCGGCAACAGCGCCGUCACACGCCAUUGUUCGCGCAACCCAAUUAGCGGAGCAGUACGCGCUGCUCGUGUUGCUUGAUUACUACCUCUGGCACUCACACUCCAGCUUUAUCCCGACUGGGGCAUCUCUAAGCAGCCGCGGUGUGCUGGUGCGUAUGAUGGGCAACUGUGCUUUUGCCGCCUUUGUGAGUACAGUGCCAGCUGCACUCGAGUGGAUUGCGAACAUCGAUCCGUGGCAGACGUCAAGCCCAGACGUGGUCCACCGGCGGUACUCUAAUGCACUGCGCCGCUGGGAUGACAAGCAUUACGUGUGCUUUGGUGCACUCUAG